AUUUAGUCCAUGGAUCAUUACGUUAGAUCGGUGGGUGGGUGUACUUCCAUUUGGAUUGGGGAAUGAGCUAUGACUGCCUAUGGCCGUCUCUUCCUUCCCUUAAACAGCCUCUCGUACUCCUACUCCCCAAACCCACACCAUAUUCAUUCAUUCAUGUGAAUCACCGCCUCAUUUCUCCCAUCUUCACCCAACUCUUCUCCCACUUAAUUAUCAGCUCUAAGUUUUUCAACAAAAUUCAGGACAAUGUUAGAUCCAACAAAUUAUCUGCUUCCGCCGCCCUCAUCGCCCACCAUUUCUUCAAUUUCUUCUUCCGAUCUCGACACUGAGUCUACUGGUUCGUUUUUCCAUGAUCGGAGUAUUACCUUGGGGACGUUGAUGGGAGUCACGUUUCAGGCGUUGGCAUUCAGAGCUCCGUCACAGUCUCAUCACCGGCAUAGCGCAGCCGAGGCAUCUAGAGAUGACGGCGCCGCCAUGAGGAGGAGUAAGAAGGCGCAGAAGAAGAGCAUUAGAGUGGCAGCCGUGGCGGCCUCGGAGGAGGAGAUGCAUCCGCGCUGGAGAAGGCGGAGGUGGUGGAGGUUCUGCAGGGACGACGGUGACUUUAAGCCUGCUUCGCUGGGGGAAUUCCUCGAGGCAGAGCGGAGGUUCGGAGAUGUUGCGUUUUACGGCGGCGGCGGCGGCACGGAGGAGUUCAACGGCGUCGUCGUGGAGGCACACCGGAGGAACGGACGGACUUUAUUCGCCGACGGGAGAGUAUUGCCGCCUGCAGAAGCGGACGGAGAGUCGGCGGCGGAUGAGGCGGAGAGGUACGCUUUGUGUAAAUUCUCGUGCUGUCGCUUUCAGGGAUUCGCAUUGGUGAUGGAGCGGGCUAAGUCAGAUAAUUAGUUUCAUAACGUAGUAAUUAAUUAGCCUUUUAUUACUCCACUCUUCAUUUUUUGUGGUUUCGUGUUUAAUGAUUCAGCAAUCACCACAUUUACUUUGAUGAGUUGACCAAAGUGUGAUUAGUAUAGUUCAUCAAUUAUAUUUCUACAUUGAUUACUGUUGUUACCCAUUCCCAAUAUUUGUGGUUAUAUGGUGCGGUGGUGCCACAUUUGUUCAUAUUUAUCUCACUUGAAACAUUGCGUCAAACUUAAGUUGUGCUUUUGUGGUCAUUUCAAUUUAAACUAAUGUGAAAUUUGGUAAAUCCAAAC